AUGCAGCUCAGUAGCACAUGUGCGUGCAAGAGCCACGCCCAACUAGACUUUCAGCUCCUCAUCUGUCAUCUACCUGUACUGUACGGUAUAUCUGCUGUCUGUGACGGUGGUCAAACUAGAUCUCAACCGAUGGAAGGAAAGGCAAUCUCUGUAGGAGUGCUAUGCAUCCAAGGAGCCUUCAUUGAGCAUAUACACAAGUUGACUGAAAUAUCAAAGCAGAAUGAGAUCCCCAUAACUGUCACAGAGGUGCGUAGACCAGAUCAACUUUCCUCCCUCGAUGGACUCAUAAUCCCAGGAGGGGAGAGCACCACACUCAGUGUAUUCUUGAAAAAGAACGAUUUUGAAGAGUGUCUUAAAUCAUGGAUAUGUAACGAGCAACACCCAGGUGUGGUGUGGGGAACAUGUGCCGGUCUCAUUCUGCUGGCAGAUGAGUUGACUGGUCAGAAGAAGGGAGGACAAGUCACAAUUGGAGGACUGAAGGUCCAGUGCUCAAGGAAUACCUUCGGACGACAAAUGGACAGCUUUGAAUCCACCAUCAAGCUCAAGCACCCACCCCUAUAUGAAGCUACACCCCCUACCCCUCCCUCCUACAUCCAGCCGCUAAAUGAGGACGAGUGUCAUGGUGUCUUUAUCAGAGCACCAGGUAUUCUCAAAAUCAAUGACCCGUCUGUGACGGUACUGGCUACUCAAGGGGAAAACGUUGUAGCUGUCCAACAAGACCAUAUUAUUGCUACCACGUUUCAUCCUGAGCUGACUAACGACACAAGGUGGCACAUGUACUUUGUGAACCAGAUAGCACAGAGAAAGGAACGAAAAGGACAGUGAAAAGACUGUGCAAAUUACAUUAUUUAUUACAUUGUGAGCUGAGGACAUCAUUAUUAAUUAUUUUGUCUUAUGUCUUUUGCCUUGAAAUGAAACUGACUUGUUCCUCUUG